AUGUCUCUCACGGAAUCCGCCGCGGCAGCCAUGCUGACCGCCGCGGUCGUGGUAGACAGUCCCAUUGAUGUGCAUGAGCCUCGUUGGGAUGACCAGACGAGGGGCCGCGAUUUGUACACACAACUAGUGAUCAGUUUACUCGUCGGGCUCAGCGCCUUUUUCUCCUUCUGUGUUCUACGACCGAAAUGGACCGAAUUAUACGCCGCUCGGCGACGACAACGCUGCGCAGCUUCAUACUUGCCCGAACUACCCGAUAGUUUCUUUGGCUGGAUACCUGUACUAUAUCGGAUCACUGAUGAGCAGGUGCUGGAGUCUGCAGGCUUGGAUGCUUUCGUUUUUCUCACUUUCCUGAAAUUCGCCAUUCGAUUCCUCUCCGCUAUAUUCUUCUUCGCCUUGGUUAUCAUUCUACCGACACACUACAAGAAUACCGGUAAAUCGGGGGUUCCGGGUUGGGAUGACGAUGAUGACGAGACAUUCGAUGGAGACAAAGACAAGAAGAAGAUCAUAUCGGAUCCGAACUACUUGUGGAUGUAUGUCAUUUUUACAUACAUUUUCACUGGGCUUGCUGUCUACAUGCUCAUCCAAGAGACCAAUAAGGUUAUCCGCACGAGGCAAAAAUACCUUGGGAGCCAGACCAGUACGACCGAUCGGACUAUUCGCUUGUCCGGGAUACCUCCGGAUUUGGGGACCGAGGAGAAGAUCAAGGAAUUCAUGGAAGGCCUCAAAGUGGGUAAGGUCGAGAGUGUCACACUGUGUCGGGACUGGCGCGAAUUAGACCACCUGAUCGACGAGCGACUGAAACUUCUGCGAAAUCUCGAGCGGGCUUGGACUAGACAUCUGGGCUACAAACGGGUUAAGGCAAGUCCAAACGCGCUGACCUUGCUGCACCAGCAGCCGCGUGGCUCUAGUAUUGUUUCGGAUGGAGAGAGUGAACGGAUUCAACUUCUCUCUGAAGGAGGACGCGAUCAUGUUACGGACUAUGCACACAAGCGGCCAACAGUGCGCAUUUGGUAUGGGCCUUUCAAGCUACGCUAUAAGAAUAUCGAUGCGAUCGAUUACUAUGAAGAAAAGCUACGUCGUCUCGACGAGAAGAUCCAGGUUGCUCGCCAAAAGGAAUAUCCGCCUACUGAGGUCGCCUUCGUCACGAUGGAGUCGAUUGCCGCGUCUCAGAUGGUUGUACAAGCCAUACUUGAUCCUCACCCCAUGCAACUGCUCGCUAGACUGGCACCAGCACCAGCUGAUGUCGUGUGGAAAAACACCUACCUCCCACGCUCGAGGCGGAUGAUGCAAUCCUGGUUCAUCACUGUGGUCAUUGGCUUCCUGACUGUAUUCUGGUCGGUGCUUUUGAUUCCCGUUGCCUAUCUGCUUGAGUACGAGACUCUCCACAAGGUGUUCCCUCAAUUAGCCGACGCUCUUGCUCGGAACCCACUUGCCAAGUCCCUUGUGCAGACUGGUCUGCCAACCUUGGUCCUCUCGCUGUUGACUGUCGCUGUGCCUUACUUGUAUAACUGUAUGAUAUACCCCACCGUUUUGUUCAAGUCUAAUCUCAGCGCUAAUCUGAUCACAGGGCUCUCGAACCAGCAAGGCAUGAUGUCCCGAGGUGACAUUGAGCUGUCAGUCAUAUCGAAGACCUUCUUCUUCUCUUUCUUCAACCUCUUCCUUGUCUUCACGGUGUUCGGAACUGCGACUACAUUUUACGGGUUCUGGGAGAAUCUGCGAGACGCCUUCAAAGAUGCUACGACCAUAGCCUUUGCCUUGGCCAAGACUCUGGAAAACUUUGCUCCAUUUUACAUUAACUUCCUAUGUCUUCAAGGAAUAGGAUUGUUCCCGUUCCGCCUCCUAGAGUUCGGAAGUGUUGCCAUGUAUCCCAUCAACUUUCUGGCCGCUAAGACACCUCGGGAUUAUGCUGAGCUAUCCACACCCCCUACAUUCAGUUACGGGUAUUCCAUUCCGCAGACGGUUCUGAGCCUUAUCAUCUGUGUGGUAUACAGCGUGUUCCCUAGCUCAUGGUUGAUAUGCCUAUUCGGGUUGAUUUAUUUCACCAUCGGCAAGUUUAUUUAUAAGUACCAGCUUCUGUACGCGAUGGAUCAUCAGCAGCAUUCGACGGGACGCGCAUGGCCGAUGAUCUGCAGUCGAAUUCUGAUGGGCUUGAUGGUUUUCCAGCUCGCCAUGAUCGGCGUGCUUGCCUUACGCCGGGCUAUUACGCGCUCUUUGCUUAUUGUGCCUCUCCUGAUGGCAACCGUAUGGUUCAGCUACUUCUUUGCACGGACCUACGAACCUCUUAUGAAGUUCAUCGCUCUAAAGAGCAUUGACCGCGAGCGGCCUGGUGGGGGGGACAUCUCCCCGUCCCCGUCCUCGACCUUCUCUCCUCCAUCCGGCCUCGACCGCGAUUCUUUUCCGAUCCGCAUCGGUGGACAAGAACUCGGAUUGCGGCUGAGGAAGUAUGUCAACCCAAGCCUGAUCCUGCCUCUCCACGAUGCAUGGCUUCCGGGACGUACGAUGGUUCCGGAACUCCAGGAAGAACUGGAGCACCGCAAUUCCGAAAACAACGCGGCCGAUGAGUCCGUCUGA